CUCAUAGUCUCUCCAGAUCCUCUGCUACCAAGACAUGAGAAUGGAAGAGUGAAUAUAAAUACGGUAGAAAUAACAAGAAUGCCACUGGCGACGGUAAGAUCAGGAGCAACAUGUUCAACGAUGCGUCUCUUGCGGCCAGUCGCAAGCGCGUCUUCAAUUCUGUAUUCGCGCCUGUCUCACUGAAAGAAGAUACACCAACGCCCGUGGUGACGCCAGCUUUUCCAUCGACUGCGCCUGGUCAGCCAUUUGGAUCAGUGCAAUCACAAACAAGUCGCCCUGCCCCGUUGCAUAAUAGCCAGAGUUGGCAAACAGGUAGCUUUGAAAGCAACACAACGCAUACUGAACUCGGCGAGCCGGUUCCAGAGGCGAUUAAAUGGAAUCGUGCAUGGCAUGCAGCAACGCUUUUUCUCAGUUUUCCCGAUCGUGGGGCUCAAGAACUGUCGGACCUGGACAACAGAACAAGUUUUUCACCACAACGACAAGAGCCCCCGCUGGAAACAUCUCAGGCGUUGGCUUAUCUGUUAUCACCGCCAUUUCGCAGCAAAGCCCAAAGCCAAGGACUCAAAUCGUAUGACCUUAUGCAAUGGUAUGAAAAUGAAAUGCGGCGCCAUUUCCUGGAGAAUUUUCGGGCUAAACUUAUAGCUCUGUUGGAAGCAACGGCAGAUGAAGAUUCUUUGCCCAAGACCGUGCACUAUCUGGGAUAUGUACACAACAUGUAUUACACACCAUUCUCACAAUAUAUAGUGCCGAAUUUAGAGGAGGCAGAUCGAGGUCCUGCCGCUUCUAAGCUUCAUGAAGUCUUUCGGGCAAUUGUUGCAUAUUCUCUUCCGUUCACCCAGGUAUCCACGCUUUUGGAAAAGGUUUUGACAGAUAGUGUGGCUGUUAUAUUGGGAAUCGCGGAUGUGAGAUAUGAACGAACGGCGCGUGUUGGAGAACACCAAGAGGAUACUAUGGAAGUCGACACUGAGGUUCCUGCCUCCUAUCAUACGUGGAGAAACGAACCAUCACACUGGGCUCGCGAGCAAAUAAUGAUGGCUGAUGAAACCAAUCCACGCAGAAAUGCAGUUAAAAGCAAACUUUUGACAUUACUACGGCUUAUGCAUGAUGUGGGCCUUGGGGGAGAUCGAGCACAGCGAGUCUUCGCUCUGGUUAUGAACAACAUGUUGACUGAAUUCAUCACAUGUACCUACACGCGCGAGUGGGAUUCGCCGUCUUUGGUCGAUCAACACUUGCGGCUAUGGACGCAGAAUAUUUUUGCCAGACUGGUUGUCGAAGUGCUAAACAUCUUGCAACCGCCGAAGCGACGCGACCUUUCUUCGAAUGUUCCUUUUGCCGACGUUGCAAGGUGGCAAGAGAUUGCUAUCGCUCGUCUGGGGGCUCUACGUACAAGCGAGCUAUUUGACGUGAUUGUGGAAUGGGAUUCGAGCAGUGGAGCAAUUGAAGAUCUCAAGCAGUAUGCCACACAUCCUGCAUCACGAUACUCGGUAACCACUGCUUUCAUUGGUAUGCUCAAUCAACGUUUAUUACAUCCGGGUGCUUCUACCGUUCAAAUACUACAACUGUAUAUCUCGAUAAUACGGGCGUUCAGCCUCUUGGACCCUAAGGGGGUCCUUCUCGACCGAAUAGCUCGGCCGAUUCGGAAGUAUUUAAGAGAUCGUGACGAUACAAUCAAGGUAAUUGUCGGAGGACUACUGUCAGAACCUCCAGAGCAUGGAACGGGGGUCAAUUCAGGAUCUGGCGAGACGCUGGCUGAACUGUCAACAGAAUUGAGUAAUGCUCACCAACGCACACUCCAGAAUGAUUCCAACGAGUUGGAUUGGGACGACAUGCACUGGAUGCCGGACCCUAUCGAUGCAGCUGCAGAUUACAAAAAGUCCAAAGGGUCGGAUGUUAUCGGUAGUCUGAUUAGUCUUUUCGAAUCCAAAGAAGCGUUUGUGAAGGAGCUUCAGGACAUGCUAUCCGAACAAUUACUCAAGAAGAAGGUAGACUUUGAUCAGGAAUUAUCAGUGCUGGAACUAUUGAAAGUGCGUUUUGGAGACGGUGCAUUGCAGGCCUGCGAAGUCAUGCAUCGGGAUGUGUUUGACUCGAAACGCGUCGAUAAAGCGAUCCGGAAGGACCUAGGCUUGAGCAGCGAGCAGCAGAAGACAGCGCCUUCGAAAUUCGAAGGGCCGGAGCUCCACGCCAAAAUCCUUUCGCGCUUUUUUUGGCCGGCUAUUCAGGACCAGCCGUUCAAGGUGCCUCCCGAAAUAUCUUCCUUGCAGCAAAGAUACUCCACAGGAUUCGAAUCACUCAAACAGUCCCGAAAACUCACCUGGCUCAAUGGGCUGGGUCAAGUCACCGUCGAGUUGGAUCUUGAGGAUCGGGUGUUUACCGACGAAGUAACGACUUGGCAAGCCACCGUGAUCUAUGCCUUCAACUCCGAUCCACCAGCUACUACAGAUACCCCUGUCACGAAAACGGUGACCGAACUCUCCGAGGCAUUGGAUAUGCCUGCUUCCUUGGUCCGCAGCGCUUGUCUAUUCUGGGUCAGCAAGCGUAUCCUCACUGAGUCUCAACGUGACACCUUUUCCGUGCUAGAGAGACUACCCAGCGACGAAGAGCGAGCAACAGGCGGCCGCGACGAGCAGGAGAUGGCAGGCCCAUCUGCCACCGAAGCGGACGCCGCCGCAGCAGCCGAUGCAGCGGCGGCAGUGGCAGCGAAGGAGACUGCCCACGCAGCAGCGAUGGAAAAGAUGAAUCUCUACUGGCAGUUCAUCAUGGGGAUGCUGACUAACCAGGGAGCCAUGCCGCUGCAGCGCAUCAUCAUGAUGUUGAAAAUCACAGUGCCUGGCGGAUUCCCUUUUGGCAAUGAGGAGCUUAGAGAGUUUCUUGCGGGGAUGGUCGCGCAAGGGAAACUUGAAAUUGUGGGCGGAGGUAGCUAUAAGCUUGUGCGGUGAGACUACUUCUAAGUCAAUUGAUAGUAUGUAUGUAAUAGGAGAACCUUGCAUUGGUUGGUGUUACCUGUAUAUUCAGGCAGAGGCUUCAUUAUUAUUAUAAAACAA